AUGCAGGUCCUCUUCCUCAACCUCAAGAGCAAGGACAAUAAUCUCCGCAACCGUGUUGUCUCAGGCGAGAUCACUCCCGCGCGCCUCUCCACCAUGGAGAGCAGCGAGAUGGCGUCCGCACAGAGGAGACAGGCCGACGAGAAGCUCAUGGAGGAGAACAUGAGGACCGCCAUGAUGGCCAAAUCCGAGAAGUCUAUCAGCGACCAACUCACCUGUGGAAAAUGCGGUCAAAAAAAGGUUUCGUAUACCCAGGCGCAGACCAGAUCUGCCGAUGAACCUAUGACUACAUUCUGCACCUGCGAAAUUUGCUCUCACCGCUGGAAAUUUUCGUAGAUUUUAUCUUGAUCGUUAUUCCUUUUUUCUUAUAUACAUUUAUCCUCUUGCGUAUCCGAUGCAUCCUUUCCUCUCCUUUCCUCUCCUUUCCUCUCCUUCCCUCUCUCUUUCUCUCCCUUUCUCUCCCUUUCUCUCCCUUUCUCUCCCUUUCUCUCCCUUUCUCUCCCUUUCUCUCCCUUUCUCUCCCUUUCUCUCCCUUUCUCUCCCUUUCUCUCCCUUUCUCUCCUUUCCCCUUCCCCCUUCCGUUCAAUUGGUUUGGUCAAUCCAACGGGGGAUUUUAACAAUAACGAAUAGUCAGGUCGGGUGCGAUAAUAAAUAAAUUGAGCCAAAAAAUUGCACCUUUUUCUUCUUUUCUCUCCCCCUUUACCUCUUAAGAUACUAGCUUUAUAUUAUAUUACGUCUCGUGUACAGUAGUUUUAACUUUCCAUCAAUCUUCCUUAGUCCUCCCUCCCCAACUUUUUUUCUCACAGUUUCUUUCAGUUUCUUUCAGUUUUGCAGCACCGUGCUGUGUGGUGUCGUGGUACUUUUCACCUAGAUGGUGUGAGAUCUUACUUUACCCUGUAUUAAACGGAGUUUUUUUAUUAUCAUUCUUGUGAUAUAUUUCACUUUUCCUUCCUCUCCCUCAUCAGGGCAUGGGGUUUUCACUCUUGUCUACCCGAUAUGCUAUCGCUUACUUCCCCACCCAGACUGUUUUGUAUCGUGCAGUUCACGAUUGCCGGCGGUGGGGGUGAGGGGUACGCUAAUUAUGUUUCUGCGAGUUAUGUUUCUGAAGCGGAGGUUGGGAUGGGAGAUGUAUUACUUGUCAUAGAAGUUAUUACUGAUAGCCUUUA